ACGUACUCUGAAGCUUCGUCCACGAUCUCCUCGUGAUCCAUCAGCCUACAUCUCAGUUGUUUCUACGUGUCCUUUUCUCGUUUAGUGCCGGUGUGUUUUUGGUUCGAGCCCAACAGUCGUCGUGUGUUCUGCUGGCCGACGUUCUGGUAUCUCCGCGAGAGCAUGGCUCGGCGACGAAGUUGUGCGCUGGUCCUGAAGCGGACCCCUUGAGUCUUGACCCCCCUGAAGCGCACACCUUGGCGCAACUGCGACCACCUUCGGCGCAACUCCGACCACCGCACGGCCGGCCCGUGGUGUGCGUGGACAACGGCGGACGAGGUUUCCGAAAAGUCCACUCUGCAGCGGUCGGCUGGCUGCGGUGGCUGCGGACUUCCCGCUCGUGGGUUCUGUUGUGCUAUCCCCGCCUUCGGCGUAGCGAAAGAGGAAAGUCUUCCGCACUUUCGCUCAGCAGCGCUGCGCGGAGUGCAUUUACACGAGACGGGAGAUCGGGAUGUAGCUGGCAGCAAUGACAACCAGAGGUAGUCGGAAGAGGGCGGAGCGCUGGGGACGCGGAAAGCGGGAAAGAUAUGUCGGACAUCAUCUGAGGGAAGGCUAGCGGUAGCAGCAGAAGUGUAGAGUUAGCAGCAGACAAUCGCAUUGAGCAAAACCGAGUACCGCAUGGGGAUUUGUAGUUUGGAGUGCUGGGGAUGACAUCGCCAUGGCGAGAAUUUCGUCGGAUGAGUUGAAUUUUCUGGUGUUUCGCUACUUGCAAGAGUCUGGCUUUAUUCAUUCUGCCUUCACGCUUGGGUACGAGGCAUGUUUGAACAAAUAUGCAAUUAAUGGGAACGAUGUCCCACCUGGUGCACUCGUGUCCUUCAUCCAGAAAGGCUUGCAAUAUUUGGAGCUAGAGGCAAAUGUUAAUGAUCUAAGAGUAGAUGUUGAUGGGGACUUCACAUUCCUUCAACCAGUGGACCUGAUCACCAAAGAUGUGUCAGAGCUGAGGCAGAUCAUCAAAGAGCGGAAGGAGAAGCUUGAGAGGGAAAGGGAGAAGGAGAAGGAAAAGGAGAAAGAACGGGAAAGAGAGAAGGAGAGAGAACGUGAGAGAGAUAGGGAAAGGGAGCGGGAGAAGGAAAGAGAGCGUUUGGAGAAGGAGAGGGAACGCGAGCGGGAAAGAGAGAGAGAGAGGAUCGAGAGGGAGAAGGAAAGGGAGAAGGAGAGAGAGAGAGAGAAGGAACGUGAGAGAGAUAGAGAUAGGGAUAGAGAUAGGGAUAGAGAGAGGGAAAGAGAUUGUGAGAGAGCGGAGCGGGAGCAUGAUGAGUGGCCACGUCAGAAGCCCGAUGAAGAGAUGGCACCUGCUACAGGCGCAGACCAAUCACGGGAAGAUCCGAUGGACACGGAUGUGGGAUGUAUAAGUACAAUAACAGAUGUUUCUUCUGCAGAUGUGACAAUUCUUGAGGGUCAUACUUCUGAGGUGUUCAUCUGUGCCUGGAGUCCGACUAGCUCGCUACUUGCAUCGGGGUCAGGUGAUUCAACGGCCAGGAUAUGGACGAUACCAGAAGGGCCAUUAGGUACUGGAGGAUCAACUGCUCCUAAGCCAUUGGUUCUGAAGCACUUCAAAGGGAAAACAAACGAGAAGAGCAAGGAUGUGACCACGUUGGACUGGAAUGGAGACGGAACGCUACUUGCAACUGGUUCAUAUGAUGGCCAAGCUCGGAUCUGGAGCAAGGACGGUGAGCUGAAGAACACUCUGAACAAGCACAAGGGUCCUAUUUUUUCUCUGAAAUGGAACAAGAAAGGUGACUGCUUGUUAAGCGGGAGUGUGGAUAAAACUGCCAUCAUCUGGGAUGCAAAGACAGGGGAGGUCAAGCAGCAGUUUGAGUACCAUCAAGCUCCCACACUUGACGUCGAUUGGCGCAACAAUACGGCAUUCGCCACGUGCUCCACAGACAAGAUGAUUUAUGUGUGCAAGCUUGGGGAGGUCAGGCCGGUGAAAACAUUUGCAGGGCAUUUGGAUGAAGUAAAUGCCAUCAAGUGGGACCCAACGGGGACUCUCCUUGCGUCUUGUUCUGAUGAUUUCACAGCCAAGAUAUGGAAUUUGAAACAAGAGAAAUGGGUGCACGACCUGAGGGAGCAUACCAAGGAAAUAUACACAAUAAAGUGGAGUCCUACUGGGCCGGGGACAAACAACCCGAAUCAACAUCCUGUGCUGGCCAGUGCUUCAUUUGAUGCUACAAUCAAGCUCUGGGAUGUGGAACAGGGGAAGUCAUUCUUCAGCUUGACGCAACACAGUGGAGAGUAAAAAAAUGCGGCUUCUCAAGGCUCUUCAUGCAUGUUCGAGAACAGCGCUUCAACAGCUCAGGUAUCAUUGUCAGGAUGUCUGCUGUCGUGCACACAUUCCUGAACUCAAUGAACACCUCGCACCAUC